GCUCUGACGUCAGCUGCCAGAGGGCGGGGCCGCAGGAGGGCGGGGCGCGAGCGAGAGCUGGGAGAAGGCAGUGAGCGAGCAGGCGGCAGGCACGGUCCGUGCGGAGCAGGCGAGCGAGCGGGAAGACGCAGCCACCUUCCUCACCAGCCAGCCCACAGCGGUUUGUUCCCCUUCUCGGGAGUGCGCCAAUGCCUGGGCCGACCCAAACCCUGUCCCCAAAUGGCGAGAACAACAACGACAUCAUCCAGGAUAAUAACGGGACCAUCAUUCCUUUCCGGAAGCACACAGUGCGCGGGGAGCGUUCCUACAGUUGGGGAAUGGCGGUCAAUGUGUAUUCUACCUCGAUAACCCAAGAGACUAUGAGCAGACAUGACAUCAUUGCAUGGGUUAAUGACAUAGUAUCUUUAAACUACACAAAAGUGGAACAGCUUUGUUCAGGAGCGGCCUAUUGCCAAUUCAUGGACAUGCUCUUCCCUGGCUGCAUUAGUUUGAAGAAAGUAAAAUUUCAAGCAAAGCUGGAACAUGAAUAUAUUCACAAUUUUAAACUUCUGCAAGCAUCAUUUAAGCGAAUGAACGUUGAUAAGGUAAUUCCAGUGGAGAAGCUAGUGAAAGGACGUUUCCAGGACAACCUGGAUUUUAUUCAAUGGUUUAAGAAAUUCUAUGAUGCUAACUACGAUGGGAAGGAGUAUGAUCCUGUAGAGGCACGACAAGGGCAAGAUGCAAUUCCUCCUCCUGACCCUGGUGAACAGAUCUUCAACCUGCCAAAAAAGUCUCACCAUGCAAACUCCCCCACAGCAGGUGCAGCUAAAUCAAGUCCAGCAGCUAAACCAGGAUCCACACCUUCUCGACCCUCAUCAGCCAAAAGGGCUUCUUCCAGCGGCUCAGCAUCCAAAUCUGAUAAAGAUUUAGAAACGCAGGUCAUACAGCUUAAUGAACAGGUACAUUCAUUAAAACUUGCCCUUGAAGGCGUGGAAAAGGAAAGGGAUUUCUACUUUGGGAAGUUGAGAGAGAUCGAGCUACUCUGCCAAGAACACGGGCAGGAAAAUGAUGACCUCGUGCAGCGACUAAUGGACGUCCUGUAUGCUUCAGAAGAACACGAGGGCCACACAGAAGAGCCGGAAGCAGAGGAGCAAGCCCACGAACAGCAGCCCCCGCAGCAGGAAGAGUACUGACCCACCCCGGCUGCUCUUGACACUUCCAUUGUGUGUGGGAACGUUUCUUCUGGAGAAUUGGAACAUGUGUGGCCCCAAGCUCAACAGAAACCAGUUGUUCCCAAUCUGCCGUUACCAUCAAUGCACUGUUGCAUAUGCCAGCCACUGCGCUUGGUUCCCAUUUUCUUUGCCAAGGUGUAUUAGCGGACGGCCCUCUGGCCACCUACCCGAGAGAGCAUAGGGUCACAUACAUCCAACUUCACCACUUGGCUGCUUGAGAUUGGUUCUGCUCUUUUCUUCAUUUCUUUCCAGAACAACUCUUUCCCACCCCAACACCACUGCCACCACCCCUCUUUUUAUCCUGGUGUGAAACAAUGGUAAUUUGAUAUAUGGUAUUUAUAUUGGCAUUUUUCAACCCAGUGUCACUAGAUGUCACACACAUUUGUGGUGCUUUGAUGUUUGCAAGUCUAACCUCUGAACAUAAAUUUGGUCAAAUAAUUGGAACAAAGGGAAACAGAUACUUGAUAUGAAAGCCAUAAUGACAGUGACUUGUGUCAUGGGGGAAAACAUAAGGUCAUUUUCUCCCUCUACUCACAAUACUAAAGGGAAAAAAUGGAUUCAAAGCUAGGAUUUCAGGGCCCAGCAGUGUUCCUCCAUCAGCAUGUUAGACAACUACACAGUAUGUUGUUAGUUUUGAAAGACAUUCACUCAAGGAAAACACCAUCUCAACUUUGCCCUCUCACCAUGUCCCUUGCCCCCAUGUAGCCCAUUUCCCAGGUUAUGCUGUUUUCUUUCUCAGGGUCCUCUUUGGUGGGCAGCCACUCCCCGAGAUGUUGCCAUCAGUUUUCUGCAGUCCAAAGAGGGUCUGGUUAGGUACAGGUCUUCCUGCCUCAUUCCUCUUCCUCUUUGUGUAGGUUUCAGCCACAAAACUGUCAUUCACUCUAGGGGACCCCUACUAAAGGGUAACUUCAGGUGUGCAGCCCUGAGCUCCAAGGCUCUGCACCAUGCCACACACUUGCUGUAAGGCUAGAAGUGAAGACCUUAUUAAUAGGAGCAUAAUUGCAAGGGAGAAUCAUGGUUCUGCAGUCUGGUGUAGACACUGGAAUAACAGCACAGAAAAAUCUAUGACUCCCAAUAUCUUCUAGAAUAAAGAAUUUUCCCUCUUUAACACAAGGGCCCUCCUUGUCAUUGACCUUAGCUAAACCAUGGCAAUUCAUAAAUAGAGGAAACAUUAAUGAAUUAAAAGCAUUCCUUAUUUUUUAACUAUUUGCACAUUUUCUUAGUCUCUUUCCAAGUCUUUGCCUCUUUUUUUUCUUUAUUUUUAUUGUUUCCUUUGACAGAUGGUAUCCCUUCCUGGAUCAUUCAUUUCACCUUGGUUUCUAACUUUAGGUUUACUUUCACUUGUUAUCUGACUUAGCAGGUGCAACAAAAACAAGAAACAAAUGUGCCCACCCCACUUUCCGCUUAACUGAAAAGCUUAAAAUAAAUUUCUGAAUUAUGUAUCCUGAA